UCCGUCCGUGCGAAGCGCUGAAAUCCGAAGCUUUUACAGUGAGAAGGAAAAGGUGUAGAGAUAAUUGAAUUGUAUUGUAUUGUGAAGAAAAAAGGAAGGGAGGGAGGGAGAAAUUGGGAGAAGAGAUGAACGCAAUUAUGUCUCUAAGUCCUUCCACCAAUACCAUCAUCACUUCCUCUUAUCUCUCCCCACAUUGCUAUUAUUCCUACAAAGCCAAGCCAAACCCUAAUUUUAAUUUCAAUGCCUUCUUUUACUUCUCUCUCUCUCACCACCACAGCCGCCUCGCUCACUGGAACACCGCUGCUCCCAAACCAUUUCCUUCUAGACGGACGUGGCUUUAUGGACACAUGAAGAGGGAUCAAGAGCCAGGUUACGAAUUCGAUGACGUGUUAGGCUUAUAUGGUUCUGACGAUGAACUAGGCAAACAAAUUCCCACUCAGGCUCAAUCUGUUGUCGAAGGAUCAGGGUCAGUUAUGGUAUCUGAGUUCAAGCCUGUUCCUGAUGUUGAUUAUCUCCAGGAGUUACUGGCCAUUCAACAGCAAGGACCUAGAGCUAUUGGCUUUUUUGGAACACGGAACAUGGGAUUCAUGCACCAGGAAUUAAUUGAGAUUCUUAGCUAUGCUAUGGUUAUAACGAAAAAUCACAUAUUUACAUCUGGAGCAUCUGGGACUAAUGCAGCUGUUAUUCGAGGUGCUUUACGGGCUGAGAAACCAGAGUUGCUUACAGUUAUAUUGCCUCAAAGUUUAAGCAAACAGCCUCCUGAGAGUCAGGAGCUGUUGUCAAAAGUGAAAAAUGUGAUAGAGAAGCCCUACAAUGAUCAUCUACCUCUGAUAGAAGCAAGCAGGCUAUGCAAUAUGGACAUCAUUUCUCACGUCCAGCAAGUCAUUUGUUUUGCUUUCCAUGAUAGUAGGUUGCUAAUGGAAACUUGUCAGGAAGCCAAAAAUUUAAGGAAGAUCGUGACUCUCUUCUACCUUGACUGACACAUUUUUUACGCAUCACAAUAAAUUAUUUAUGUGCAUAAUGGGUUCACCAAGAGAGUAGUGCUUAUUUUUACUUGUAAAUUAUAUUAUAAUCAUUAAAUGAGGUAUUGCUUUCUCGUGCUUCUUCGAAGAUCGUUAGGAAGGUACAUCAAUUUCAUUCGUGAAGAAUGGUUAUGGAUUUUUUCUUUAAAUCUUCUUUUUUCCAUUUCCUUUUUAUUUUUUAUUUUGCUUUUUGUUUUUGUUUUAGUUUAAAGAUGGGGUUAGGAGGGAGGGAGGGAGGGAGGGUUGGAAGGAGAAAGUGCUUCGAAGAGUAUUUUUGGAUCCAAUUUUUUCAUAGAUAGAAGGCUACUUUUAUAUUUAUGAUAUCUUGAAAUUUGACCUUACUUAGAAUUGAGAAUGAGAAUUGUAGUCAAAGUGCUCAAUAUCUUUGUGUGGUGUAUAAAUAAUCGAAUUUUUUUAAUGAAAA